AUGAGCGCGUCGGCGAUGGCGGCAGGUCAGCCGCAGUUCCGCUACUCGCAACCGCCAUCCAAGGUGCUGCACGUGCGCAACCUGCCGUGGGAGGCGACGGAGGAGGAGUUAUCAGAGCUCUGCAAGCCCUUCGGCCGCGUCGUCAACACCAAGACCAGCGUCGGCGCCAACCGUAACCAGGCGUUUGUCGAGUUUGCGGAUUUGAACCAGGCGAUCGCCAUGGUGUCUUACUAUGCAUCGUCAUCCGAGCCAGCACAGGUCCGCGGGAAGGCGGUGUACCUGCAGUACUCGACGCGGCAGGAGAUCACCACGUCCAACAAGACUGGCGAUUCCACCUCCGGGAAUGUCCUGCUUGUGACUAUAGAGGGGGUUGAGGCUGGCGACGUGACUAUAGACGUGCUUCACCUGGUCUUCUCGGCAUUCGGAUUCGUCCAGAAGAUUGCAACCUUUGAGAAGAGUGCCGGUUUUCAGGCAUUGGUGCAGUACGGAGACCCAGAGACUGCCAACAGUGCCAAGACUUCAUUGGAUGGCAGGAGCAUUCCUAGCUACCUGCUCCCGGAGCACGUGCAGGCAUGCAGCCUGCGCAUAUCCUUCUCAGCCCACACGGACCUCAACGUCAAGUUCCAGAGCCACCGCAGCCGCGACUACACCAACCCCUACCUCCCCGUCUCCUCCUCCGCUACUGAUGCCGGCGUGCAGCUCACCCCAGGGCCUGUGGCAGCAGUGAAGGGCGAAGCGGGAAGCAACGUGCUGCUGGCAUCCAUAGAGAACAUGCAGUACCCCGUCACCAUGGACGUGCUGCACACCGUCUUCUCAGCAUAUGGCGCGGUGCAGAAAAUUGCCAUCUUUGAGAAGAGUGCCGGAUUUCAGGCGCUCGUCCAGUUCCCAGACAUAGCAGCAGCCACAUCGGCCAAGGACGCGUUGGAAGGGCACUGCAUCUACGAGGGGGGCUACUGCAAGCUGCGCAUCUCCUUCUCCCGUCACACCGACCUCAAUGUCAGGGCCAACAAUGAUCGCAGCAGGGACUUCACUCGUCCAGACCUCCCCACAGUCGCGCCCAUCCCUGCUCCUUCUACCACUGCCACCACCACGGCUGGUAUCCUCUCUUCUGCCACCACCACCAAUGCCGCUGCCACCCCCUUCACCACAUCAUCCACACCCAUCCUCUCCUCCUCCCCAUACAACCCCCCUGCCCCUCUCGCCCCCUCUACCGCCCCUCCUGUCCUCCCCACUCCCGGUGCCCCUGCUCCCUACUACCCCGCGUCUUCCCCUGCCGCCCCUCCCUCCUCUGCGCCGCCCAUUCUCAGCCACCAAAGCCGCCCAGCAGCCUUUCCUGCCACCCCUCCUAGAGGGCCCCCUCCCCAUGCCCCUCCUCCUCACGCCCCCCCUUUCCACGGUCCCCCUCCCCCCCACGCCGGCCCUCCCCACGGCCCCCCUCCCCAUACUCCCCCUCCUUACAAUCGAGGUCCCCCUCCCGGCCCCCCUCCCCACGGCACUCCCCCCAGAAAUUUCCCCCCCAGCCCUUACGGUCCCCCCGGCCCCCCCCAAGGUUCCCCCCAAGGUCCCCCUUUCCGCGGCCCUCCCCCUCCCGGGCCGUACCCUCCCGGACCUCCUGGUGGGCCUCCUCCCGGACCUGGUGGUCCGGGGCCUGCCGGGCCUCCGUACGGUCCUCCUAGGCCCGGUGGUCCACCCCCAGCGCAGUUCUACCCUCCCCCUGGUGGGCCUUCCCCAUAUGGCCCUCCUCGUGGUCCCCCUCCCCCCAUGUCUGGGCGGGGUCCCCCUCCCCCUAUGAUGGGGGGCCCCCCUCCCCCAGGUGGACCUCCCCCUGGCCCUCCCCCCCUUGGGCGCCCCCCCCCGCAGCCAUUCCCCCCAGGUGCAGGUCCCCCUCCCCCUGGUAUGGGGGGAGGUCCCCCUCCCCCUGGAUUGCCCCCCCCUCCAUACAUGGGGGGAGGGGGACCUCCCCCUGGUCCCCCAGGCAUGCCUCCCCCUCCUGGCAUGGCAGGGGGGCCUCCCCCUCCUGGGUAUCCAGGGGGUCCGCCUCCCCCAGGCAUGCCACCCCCGCCUGGAUAUGGCCCCCCUCCCCCUAGAUAUGGACCAGGAGGACCGCCGCCUCCUGGCUACAGAUAUUAG